AUGUCGGCAGCCGAGUUCGACCAGGCCCGCCGGCCGUCCCUUUCACAGAACCAAACAAUCCAGAACCCAGAUAUACCACUGAAGGAGCGUUUUUUCCGCUAUUUCCAACGUGAAACUACCGCCCUGCAGGAACAGAUGGACAAGCUCUCGGAUACGUCUCUGGUUGGAGGGGAGCGAACGGACGCAACUGAUCACUGCCUGGCGGGGAUUGCGCGGUUGUCCAACGAAGUCAAGGAUGCCGCCAGUUAUAUUCCCACCUAUGACCAGCGAAUAUAUGCUGAAGCUAUAAAGUCUCUCCAGGACAAGCUGGCAGAGACCCGAGCGACGGUGGAGCCACGACCAAAGUUCAGUUUCAAGAAUAAAAGGUUCGCACCGGCUCCAGGUCCUAUCACUUCAAUGCCGGAUGCGGCAGAGUUGAUGGUCCAGGGCCAGCAUGGAGUGCCUGGAUUCACAUCACCUGGUGUAUCCUCUGUUGGCUCGUCGGCACCCGGGACACCAAACUAUCCCAACACCCCGUUGAAUGAACCUGAUAAGCAGCUGCACCUAUUAAGGCCAAAUGUUCCGACGUCCAUCCCAAAGAUAACCGUGGGUAGCCCCUCCGAGGGCGUCAAGGAACAAAGAAGCACAAACUUUGCAGCGACUACCGUUUCGUCGGUGACCGUAAACAACCAUGAAGGAAUGCAUAUCAUGCUUCCAGCCUCGGGCUCGACUGCGUCAGUACCGGCAUCCAUCACCACCAUGGACCGCUGCGUCGUCGACAUGACCAUUCCCACGGCCAACGGCAAACCAUUUGCCAGUCUGAUGGUAAAAAACGUCACAGACAGUCUUCUUCUAUGUGGUGCAAUUGACGGGCCCGCACAUGUCACGGGUGUCCGCAAUAGCAUCAUCGUUGUAAACUGCCGCCAGUUCCGCAUGCAUGAUUGUCACAAUGUAGAUAUUUACCUGAGCUCAUCGAGCAAUCCGAUCAUUGAGGAUUGCGUAGGCGUCCGGUUUGGCCGCAUCCCGCGAGCAUAUCACACCCUCGAGAACGACCGCCUUGACGCCGAUGACCGCUGGAGUCAAGUUGAGGACUUCAAAUGGAUUAAACCAGAUCCAAGCCCCAACUGGAGUUUACUCGGCCAGGACGCCGGGGUUCCAGAAGAGGUCUGGACUGAAAUCGUCCCCGGCGGCCCUGGUUGGUCUUCAGAUGAGAUUUUACGUGCGGUCAACAUUCUUCAGUCUUAG